AUGGAAGGAAGUGACUUUUUGAAAAAGCUGGCGAACAGGAAAAUUUGCAGAAAUUACAGCAUACAUCCUGAAAAUGUAAUUUAUUACGAUUAUUUCAACAAUUUAAAAAGGAAGGCGGUGGCUCAGGGCUAUACCAAUUUGGUUAUUUCUUUUAAAAAAAUUAUGGGCUCCAUUUUGAAGUACCCCUUGCCAAUUAAAAAUAGCCUGGAAGCCUAUAAAUUGAAGGGGGUUGGUAAGCGAUUUUCUUACUAUUUUGAAAAGGCCCUCUCGCAAGGUGCUCAAGAAAAGAAGCAUAAUAGUAUGCACGAUGGGUGCGUUACAUCGAAUGGGAAUUCCUCUAACAUUUACACCCACAUAAAUAAAGUCAUCACAAGUGUGGACCGUUUUUUGAAGAAACUGGACAGUGAGGUUUAUAAUUUGAAAAGAAUUGGUGAGGAGUCCGAUGAUAGCAUUAUGAGGAACAUCAAGGAGAUCAGAAAUGAUUACCCGAACAGUGAUUAUAACGAGGGGGAGGUGAAAAGUAGAAAGAGGAAAAGUGGAAAGGAGAAGAAAGCAAGCGCCCAUCGCGCUGGUCGGGCUGAUGAGUCUAACCGGGCUAACCGAGCUGACAGGGCUGGCCAGGCUGAUCCGUCCGAUUCCGCUAAUCAUGCCGUCAAUCACGCCGCCAGUCAUGCCGCCAGUCAUGCAUCUAAUCAUGACAGCAAACAGGGCGAGAACGGCUGCACUCCGGCCAACGGAAUGAGCAGCUCCCCACAGUUAACCACGAACUCGUACACAUACAAGAACAGCACCAAUAUCAAUGGAUACACAAUCAUUUCUAGCAGCGCCAUAAAUUACGAAAACUCCUUUUUGGGCGAUGAGGAAGCAUCUACCCAAAAAGUGGGUCCCCUCAAUGAGCAUGAGAAGAAAAAGAGAUUAACUGGCAAAAAUGUAGAAAGCAAGAAAAAGAAUGAAAUCAAAUUAAACGAUUUCGAAAACAGAAUCAUGACUUUUCUUGACGAGAAUGAAAAUUUAUAUGACGACUGUUUAGUCAGCACGGAAGAAAUAACCAUUGGGUUUUUAAAAUAUUAUCGAAACACUGAAAAAAUAUAUUUCAGGAAAUUGCGUAGGCUUGUAAAAUUGGAAUUCGUAGAAAAGGUAGACAUUUGGGAAAACAAGGCAGGUGGGGGCGUUGCCAAAAAAAGGAGUGUCCUGAAUGACGCGCACGACACACCCAGCAGUUGCGAGGCGUCGAAUGCGAAAAGGGGUAAAAUGAAAAUUAUUAAAAAGGUGCGGUUGACAGUGAAGGGGAAGGAAUUCCUGCGGAGGAGGAAGCAAGAGAGGGAGCAGGAGGAGAGGGAGCAGGAGGAGAGAGAGCAGAAGGAGAGAGAGCAGCAAAAUAGGGGAGAGCAGAAAACACAGGAAGAUCCCCCACACGCGAAUAAUCUCAAAACGAAAGAACCCGCCACAGAUGCAUCAGAAGGAGAAGGCAAAUCUACUUCUAAGAGAGACGAAGAAAAUAAAGUGAGCGAGUCAGAACACAGAAUAAAAUAUGAGGACAGUUUCAAGAGCGCAGAAUAUUUAUCGACAAAGAUGAACGAGUCGGAAGAAAGACUAAGGAGGGAAGUUACUUACAGUGAUGGUGAAAAUAACCACUUGUUUGGAAGGGGCAAAAUCGUUCGCGAAAAAAUGUGUGAUGAUUUUUUGCCCUUUAAACAUGGUUCAAAUGAAGAAAAGGUGGCGUUACUACACGCACAUGAAGAAGAUAAUGAGGAGAGGGAGAAUAAGGCCAAGGAGGAUUACUCUCGAAAGGGGAAUGACUGCUUUUCGGAGAAUGAAAUUUUGAGCAAGUCUGAGGGUGCAAAUAGUGGUAUCUUUUUUGACAUGGAGGCAAAGGAUCAAGCGGGUAACUGUCAUCUCGAGAGCGAAGGAACCAAUCAAGCAGAACUGUCCAAUAAAGUAGAAAAGAUUCGUAAAGAAUGGGAUAGUCCGUUUAACUCUGACUGCUCAGGAACCAUGUCGUGGAAAAAAGAAAAAAAUGAUCUCGCCAGUUUUCAAUUAAAAAUGGAAAGAAAAAAGAAAGAAAUUAGAAAAAAAUUAAAAAUAAGUUUGAGGGAAAAAAUACAAAAAAAAAAAAAUGAUAAAAAUAAUUUAUUUGGUGAGGAGGACCAGUCGAGUAGCAAUUCUGAUGAGUCGGAGAAAAUCGAAGGGACGAGAAGUGGCUUGCCUGAAAGGGAAUUCUCCCAUGGGGUGAAGCAAUCCAGUGGUGUAAUUGAUGGAGUUAAAAGAUGUCUAGAGGGGAACACGUCGAAUGGGGGUGAACAGAGUGAGGCAGAACCCCAACUGUUUCUCAGCUGGGAAGACUGCAAAGAGCAACCAUGCGAGGUAAGUAUAACUGCUCCAGAUUCAGCAGAUACUGAGACAGCUCUGCAUAUUAGGAAAAUAAAAAAAGCACUCUCCUGUGAUGAGAAUCACAACAUUAGAGAAGACGUUCGCGAAAACAUUUUUUUUACCAUUGAUGGGGAUACAUCGGAUGCGCAAAGUCAUCAUCUCAGCGAGACUACAUCAAAUUUGAGCAAUAACAAACAAGCGCGCAGUGAUGACGUAAUCGAUUUGUUUGCAGAAGAGAGUGCAUGUGAAGGGGGGGGAGAUGUCUCUGGUGGGCUUAUUUCCUCAGUUGUGAGUAAAGCGGAAGGGAAGAAGAAGUGGAGCGGUUCGCUUGAUAGAGAGGGAGGGGAGUUAGGAAGUGAACCAAAAAAGAGAAGAGAAAAAAAAGGGGAGAAGCGGUUGGACGAAGAGGAGCGAAAUGGUCAGGAAGGGGAGGAGGAGAGCAAGAAAAAGAAAAGAAAAAUCGGAAAUGACCACACGAGGGGAGAUCCCAAAGGAGAGCGUAAACCGGGCCAAAAAGCAAAGCGAAAGGGAAACCUCGGUGCAAACCCUGGUGGGGACACGCACACCGCAGCGGGCGAACAAGUGACCUACGGGCCGUACGAAAUCGUCAUGGUGAUCGACAACAGAGACAUAUCAGGGACGAGCCAGGAGCUGAAUGAAAAAAUGAAAAAAAUAUUCCAUCGCAGUGGGGUAAAAUAUCUAACUAGGAAUCUUCCCCUGGGUGAUAUCAUUUGGUUGUGCAGGAGAAGGGUGUAUAAUGGUGGUAAGUCGAAGAGAAAAAGGAGCAGAAAAGGUGGGAAAAAGGAGAACCCAGGGAAGGAGGAAACUCCAGGGAAGGAGGAAAAUCCAGGGAAGGAGGAAACUCCAGGGAAGGAGGAAAAUCCAGGGAAGGAGAAAAAUCCAGGGAAGACGCCACAGAAGUCCCACCAUCACGAAUGCAGUGGCGAGGCCAGCCAAAUGAGCAAUCUAAGAAAGAGCAACGUUCAUUGGAGUGGAAGUUACGACCAAGGGAGAGAGGACCAGGGGGCGGGAGACGAAGAAGAAAAUGCGGAGUACGAAGAACAUGUAUUAAAAUGGAUAGUAGAGCGCAAAACAUUGAACGAUCUGAGUGCAAGUAUAAUCGAUGGUAGGUAUGAUGAGCAAAAAUAUCGUCUCAUGAGAUCAAAAGAGACCUCACAUAUAAUAUACCUCAUAGAAAACAGUAACAAUUCGUUUAAAAAUUACACCAAUUCGAGUAGAAUUUCUUAUGAAACGCUUCUAAAUGCUCAGCAUAGUAUUCAGUUGGUUAGUGGGUUCUCCAUAUUGACUAGCCAAAGUUUGAGUCACACUUUUUUUUUAUUGGCUGAAAUGCACACAGAGAUUGUAGAAAAUAUCCGUCUGCUUUGUAACAUCAGAGAAGGAGACCCCAUAAUACACAGUGAUAAAUUGGAGGUGUACUUACGAGAUAAUUCAUCCGAAUGGGACCAGUGGAAUAAUGAUUCUAAGAAGUCGAAAAACAAUUUGGUCAAGGAAGUUUUUGGGAAGCAACUGCGAUUGAUUAACAUGUGCGGGCCUGAUGCCACGGAGUUGAUUUUAUCUCUGUGGCCUACUCCGAUGAAACUGAACGAGGCCCUCAAUAGGUAUACCCACGAUGGAAUCCUGGCCGAGAAGAUCAAGCGGAUUUACCUCAAGGGCCGCGACCUUCUGGGGAAGCGGCGCGUCAAGUCUCCCGUCGAUACGAAUCUCAUUGCGCAGCUGCGGCAGCUCUAUGCCCCGGAUUCGAUUUAG